CAGCAUUCAGAGUUUUAAAAUCUUUACAAUAUAUAGAUGGUUAGUCGCACCACUCCAAUACAAAGUUUUCGACUUCGCGGCCCCUAUCUCAUAUAUUCCAUUUUCCUUAAAUUUUAUAUGCUUUUUUUACCCGAAGACGCUAAAAACAUGAGCGGCCAACAAAAGAGCACAACAACGGGGCCCAAUUAUGCUGUUGUCAACAUUCACACCCCCCUCGACUUUAACCCUUCUCUUCCAACGCUCCUCACAGCAAAACCACCAAUAAAAUACAACACCGCCCACAAAGGAGCAGCCGCAGCAGCCAACGACACAACCUCAACUCUCGCAUCCACAGAAUCUUCAAAACACAUGUAUCGAAACACUCUGCGCAUCCAACAUUACACCAAUAAACACCACCAUCAGUCACUCCACUCGGACAGCUUUAGCACACCACCGGCAGCCAAGAUGAGCGAGUUCGAGACCGACCAUCAUUUAUCAUCCAUCAGCAGAGAGGCGACAAUCCGGGGAAUGGCGGGCGCGUGGUUAAAUGUCCUUGAUGCGGGCGAGGACACAUGGAGAAGAAUAUCAGUGCCGCCUGGAAUCACCGUUGGACAGGCGCGGGAUAUUUGCAUGCUGCGGUUCAACAUAUGGCAGCGCAUUCUCAAAGACCAGUCACAACCCACGCCGAUACCACCUAGUGCCAUCAGCAGCAGCACCAGUACAGGAGCAGUAUCCUCCUCGCGCACUAGCUGCACAAGCAGCACUGCGCGAAAACAACCCCACCACUACGAGCUUUACUGGCCGGCGGGCUCGCAAUGGCUGGACGCAGAUUUUCUCCUCUCCACAUAUGGAAUUAAACCAGGCGACACUGUUAUUCUGCAGGACCGCGACCAAGCGCAGGAAUCGUCCGCAAUAGUAGAAACACUGUUGAAUAUCAACAAAGCCCAGCAGCGCGCACAGUCCACGGGCGCCGAGGGACAGAUAUAUUAUUUGCAUGCCAAGGGAAUUGCCACAUCGUGGCAGCUCUGCUGGCUGGUGCUGCGGAACCAGGAGCUGCACUGCUAUGCAAGUAACCGUGCAGGCACCGGUCCGUUGUCGGAGAAAUCUUUGGUGGUGGUUGAUUUGAGCUGUGGGUUUCGGCUCGUCAACCACAGAAUUGUCGGUGGCAGCAGUAGCAUGGCGGAUACAACGGGAGAUUCGGCAAGUAUGUACUCGGACAGUUCCAGCAUCAAGGCUACCCUUAGUCUUGCUGCCACGGCCACUGGUAAAUUGCAGUUGCAGCAAAUGAGUGGCAGUAGCAGUGUCGCGCCGCUGAUUAUUCGCAGCAAUACAUCCGACAGCACCCACGUAUUCUGCGCGCUAACGCCCACCGACCACGACCAUUGGCGCCAUGCGUUGCAUAUGGCCCAAGGGCCCGGCAGUCAGAAAAGUGACCACAGCAGCGCUGGCAUGCUUCCCAAGCCCCGAUCGUCGACCAUCGCCAAGCAACCGCAGCACCGGCAGUACCGAUCAUCUGUGCAAAUGACAUCCACACCAAGUCCAGGCCCCCUCUUCAUUGCCAAUGCAUUCCGCCGGCACAAAGGGCACAGUCCUGUGGGUUUCUUCUGCAGAUGUGUGCUUAUUUCUGGGUUCCUCUAUGGGUUCCGUACAAUAAUAUCUGACACAGAUAUCCUCACACAUGUGGCAACGGCGGACUUUACUGUUCCUCUCAACCCGAUCACCGUUUGCGUAUCGCGUGAGACCAGCGGCAACAGCCACUUGAUCCGAGUAUCUGAUGCAUAUAUGGGCACUGAAAUCAUGCUGCUUGAUGUCGGCGGGCCAGACAAAGCCCAUUUGUGGAUCGAUGCGCUUGCAAAUAUUGCCGGAAUACAUAUUGCCGGCGACAACACGAUGCGCUGCAAUAAGCGCAGCCAGGCGAUGCGGCAGUCGAAAUCACACGGGUCGAUCAUUUCGCGCAUGGAGUGGCCAAUGCCGCCGACUACUGUGCCACGCAUAGUGCCUCGGGGGAUCAAGAGUUCACCUGCUGCUCCUGCCGUUGCUGAGGAUACGAGUGACGGCGCACGGCAGCAGCACCGGCAUCGGCACCAGCACCAGUACCAGUAUGAGCAGGAGCAGAAGCAACGUGAGAAGCAGAAGGAAGUGCUUGUGGGACUGCAUAUGCCAGAGUUUGGCAGAAACCCAUCGUUGAACCUUGUUGAUUUACGGUUUGGCGAGUCUUCUGCCUCUGCUGGCAGCAUGGAUAUUGAUGCGGUGCGCAGUGCUGCUAAUGCCAAUUCCUCUAGUAAUACCAGUAGUGGCGAGAACCGUCCGGAUCGUGUGCCGAUAUUGCAGGCUUGCUUGGCGUGGUUUAAACGCCCCGGAGCAUCAUUUGUCAAGUAGGUUGACUGGUUAAUAUAAUUCAAGCAACAACCGCAAAAUCAAUUGAUUAUUACUUUUUGAGUUUGGGUGGGAAAGUAUCGG